GAUAAUCUAUACAUACAUAAUAUAUAUAUAUAUAUAUAUAUUUAUAGGGAUUCAUACACCGACUCAUCAAACCAUAACUCUUCUUCUUCUUCUUCUUCCCCUUCUUUAUAUGCAGUACUCUUAAUUUAUGGCUUCUUGGGAUGAUCAUCAGUUGGGUUGGGUUGGGUGAAUUUCCUCUCUCUCUCUCUCUCUCUCUCUCUCUCUCUCUCUCUCUCUCUCUCUCUUUGUGGGUUUAUUCUGAAAUAUAGAGAUCAUCAUCGAUCAAUUGAAGGAAGGCGGCGGAGGUGAAUGAUAUCAUAGAUCAACAGAUGGAAAUGAUGGAUCAUCAUCAUCAUGAGGCCAGUGGUGGUACUUACACGGUGUGUUGCAUGUGCGGCGAUGUGGGCUUCCCCGACAAACUCUUCCGCUGCAACAAAUGCAGCCACAGAUUCCAGCAUUUGUAUUGCAGCAACUACUACGGGGAAUCAGCGGAGCCGAUCGAGGUGUGCGAUUGGUGCCAAAGCGAGGAGAGAAAUGCAUUCAGGCACGCCGGCGGCGGUUCUAAUUCCAAGAAAUCUGCGGCGGCGGCGGGGGGGCAUGAAGGCGGAGUGAGCAGGAGAUCAGAGUACUCAUCGGGGGACAGGAUUAAGCAACACCAUCAUAAUAAUAGUAAUAAUAAUAAUAAUAAUCAGAGUGAUCAUCAGAAGGCGGGAAGGAACAAUCCAGGUGGGGGUGCACCUUCCCCCCGCCCAACGACACGAAGGUACAAGCUUCUUAAGGAUGUCAUGUGUUGAUUAUUCCUCUACUCCAUCAAUUAUCCAACCUCCUGCUCCAUCCUCCCCACUAGCUACUCGAUCUGUCCAUAUAUAUAUCUAUAUAUAUAUAGUUAUGUAAGUUGGGUGUUUCUUCUUUCGAGUUUCUUUCUUUCUCUUGCGCUUUUCUUUUUGGGAACUUUUUUUCCCAAAUGUUUUUUGCCUUUUGGCUUGCUGUUUUCUUUUGGGUCAACGUUUCAGCAACUUGUUUAUAAUGAUGAAAAUAAAGAAACUCUGCUUGUGUUGCC